CGACAUUAUGGCAAAUAGCCACAUAAGCAACCCGUAUUCUGUGGACGACACCGAGCCGUACCUGCACAUGAGCGCGCGCGCGUUCCAUUCGCCGGACUUUGCACGCCGCGCACACGCGCUGGACACGUUCGAGCGUCCCGUUGGAGCGCGCCGCUCUCUGCACCGCUUCGCCGUGCGCGAGUCAGGUGAUCGCGGACGGGGUCAGAGGUGCAGCUGCGUGGGUUCUUGAGGGCUUGAAGUUCUCGCAUCCUCCUGUCGUUGAAAUAACAAGCGGGUAGAAUCAGCAGGGACUUCAAGUGCCCUGACUCUUCCCAUACUGAGGGAACAUCCAUACAUGCAAAAGGGGAGAAUAUUCCACCAGGCCUAUGAACCCAGCCUCUUCCCAGCAUCCAAUGAACUGCAUGUUGGGACACCCUACCAUCAUUAGCACCUCCAGCUCCUCACGGCACCUCCCUUCCUCCAUGGACACCAUGGCUUCUUCCAUAAAUGGGUUAACCUCCCCAUACUCAGUUAUCACCUCUGCAGUGGGAUCUCCCCAAGUAUCCCUGCCCUCCACAGCUCCUAUGAACUUUGGUGCACUGAGCAGUCCUCAGAUGAGCUCACUGAACAAUGUGAGCAGCACCGAGGACAUCAAGCCCCCCAUCGGACUGGAAGGACUAGGGAGCAUGAGCAGUUACCCUUGCACCAGUCCUGGGUCACUGACCAAACACAUUUGCGCCAUCUGCGGCGACCGCUCUUCAGGGAAGCACUAUGGUGUCUACAGCUGUGAGGGCUGCAAGGGCUUCUUCAAGAGGACCAUCAGGAAAGACCUCACCUACACGUGCCGAGACUCCAAGGAGUGCCUCAUCGACAAGCGCCAACGUAACCGCUGCCAGUACUGCCGCUACCAGAAGUGUUUGGCUAUGGGAAUGAAAAGAGAAGCGGUGCAGGAGGAGAGGCAGCGAGCAAAGGACAAGAGUGACAAUGAGGCAGAGUCUACCUGCAGCGCCUAUGAUGACAUGCCAGUGGACAAGAUUCUGGAGGCAGAGUUGUCUGUGGAGCCCACAACAGAACCCUCUGUGGACGGUAGUCCUGGCAACUCGUCCAGCGAUCCUGUGACAAACAUCUGCCAGGCAGCAGACAAGCAGCUCUUCACCUUGGUCGAGUGGGCAAAGAGGAUCCCACAUUUCUCUGAACUGCCGCUGGAUGACCAGGUCAUACUGCUGAGAGCAGGUUGGAACGAGCUGCUCAUUGCCUCCUUCUCGCACCGUUCUGUGACAGUAAAAGAUGGUAUUCUUCUGGCUACCGGGCUACAUGUGCAUCGCAACAGCGCCCACAGUGCUGGUGUGGGCUCAAUCUUUGACAGAGUUCUAACAGAAUUGGUGUCGAAGAUGAAAGACAUGCAGAUGGACAAGACGGAACUAGGAUGUCUCCGAGCCAUUGUCCUCUUCAACCCAGAUGCAAAAGGUUUGUCAAACCCUUCUGAGGUAGAGAGCCUCCGAGAGAAGGUGUACGCUUCGCUGGAGAACUACACCAAACAGAAAUAUCCAGAGCAACCCGGAAGGUUUGCUAAGCUGCUACUUCGACUGCCUGCUCUCCGCUCCAUCGGGUUGAAAUGUCUAGAACAUCUAUUUUUCUUUAAGCUCAUCGGUGACACCCCUAUAGAUACCUUCCUUAUGGAGAUGCUGGAGGCUCCACAUCAAACCACAUGACACCUCACCCUCUUUGUAAAUAUUCCCAAACAGUUGUAUUUGAUGCAAAGUUUAUUUGAAUUAACACCAAAUUUUGUACUAAAAAUGUGUUCAUGUGAAAAUUUGUGGGAAGAAGCAAAAUAUACAGUUAAUUUUAAUAGAUAUGUAGAACCUUUCUGUAAAUAUACAGUUAUGCCAUUUUUGAUGUUUGCAAUUCAAUUUUAAGGAU